AAUCAAACUGAUUUUUAAUGGCGAACUGAGAUAGGAAAGUAAAAGUGAAUUUAGUUCAAAAUUUAACAUUGAACAAAGCGGCUGGUUGAUUCACUCGCCCUGGACGAUAUGUGGAAACUUUUGAUUUUUACAAUUCUGCUGCAGAGCAAUGAUAAGUCUUCGGCUUCCAUUGUGGCCGUGAAGGCCCGACAAAAUGACAUAAAGGGCCCCUCGACCCAUGUCAUGGAAAAUCUCGCCCUACACACCCACAAAGUUGCCGAAGAUCUGACCACGCAACUCUCCAAUAAAAUUGAGGUCGUUGGUCAAACCAUUAUCGGUGAUAUUGAGGUAAUUAUCGACACCGCUCUGGACCAAUUGACCCAGCCAAUUAUUGAAAUUCAAACCGCCAUGGAAAAACCUGAAUGUCAACGUCUCCUAACCAUGGAUGAGCUACGCGAUCGCAUUGAUUCCCAGCUAACGGGCUGUACGAAAAAUCUCAACAAUCUCUUGAAUAAUUUUCACAAUGACACCAGAGAAAUAUCCAAAUCGCUAGAAUUCGGUUCGAAACAAAUCGAAAAUUUACCCAGUGAAUGUGAGAACACGGAAUACAGCUUCGCCAGUUUGACGGUUUGUUUUAUCGAGAAAAUCGCGGAAUUGAAUAGGGAUAUGGCAAUACUUUUGAAUCGGGCCAGCAUGCAAAUAUUACACACUCAUCAAUUGGCCAAUGUUGGGGCGGAGACAUCACGUAACUGUGCCGAGAGGGUUGUGAAUGAGACAGUGGAAUAUUUUGAUCGUAUUUUGGAAACUUGUUCCAAUCAUUUACAUCAGGAAGAUUUAAAGAAAUUGUAGAGAGAAUAAAAAGAGGUAAACAUUUUCUUUG